UCACAACUUGUGGCUAGCAACCAUCAAACAGAUUUCAAUCUUUCACUUCAUCUCUCUCCUCUCUCUCUCUCUCUCUCUCUCUCUCUCUCUCUCUCCCUCUCUCUCUCUCUCUCUCUCUCUCUCAUCCCAUCUCUCCAAUGGCAAACUCCUUCAAUCUCCCAACUCUCCACCUUCACAAAUCCCACUUUCUUGGCCACACCCAAUUCACCAACCUCCACCCCAAACCACCCUCUUCAUUCCCAACACCAAAACACCAUAUCACAACCCCACAUGCAAAAUUCAAUCUUUAUGAAAUCUUGGGUGGCAGAGGUUUAUGUAACGGUGAAGAAGGCCUUCAACAAGAGCUCAAAAAACCACCACCAGAACAACAACCACCACCGGAACAACCACCAUCUUCCACCACCGGUCAAGAAGAUCCGGCCACAUUCACCGUACCAGAAGAUGGUUUUGAAAAAGAGUUGUUAGGAUUAACCGGUGGAUUCCCGGGUGGUGAAAAGGGUCUUAAAGAUUUCAUAGAAAAAUACCCACCACCCAAAAAAACAUCUUCUUCAUCAUCAUUAACCACCAAUGAGAGUUUGACACGUAAGGCGAAAGCGCCUGAACUGCCAUUGUUGAUGCCUGGAAUGAUUGCAAUUGUGAAGAAUCCAAACAGUCCUUAUCAUAUGUAUUGUGGGAUUGUGCAGAGGAUUACUGAUGGGAAGGCUGGGGUGUUGUUUGAAGGUGGGAAUUGGGAUCGGUUGAUUACGUUUAAGUUGAAUGAGCUCGAACGAAGGGAGAAGGGGCCGCCGAUGGUUAGCCCGCGAUCGGUUGUGCUAGAAGAACAGAUGAAGAAUAGUGGUUGAAGUGUGUUUUGAGGUUGUGGGAGUUUGUAUGUACAAAUGAUGUUUGUGGUACUGUUUUUUAAUUAUCAUGUAUAGAGUUCUGUAUAUGAUAACUGAAUAAGGCUAAUGAAAGUAAGGUUAUGUGUA